CCCAGUUCGUGGGGCCAUGCGGGGACAGCGGCUGCUGUUGCUGCUGUUGCGGGUGGAGGUUGCGCUCUGCGUGGCGGCUGCAUGUUAUCAGGUAUCCCGGGUGCCAUUGGAGAUAGACUGCAAAGACUGGAAGGUGUUUUUGUGUGAGGACAUACCACAACAAAGGAAUUCCUAUGACUGUGGAAUACACAUAGUUUUAAGUGCAUACACAACCAUAUCUGGGGAGGAAUGCAGCACCAUUCCUUGCUCUCUAAACAACUCCCACUCCUACAAGUACCGAUGCCCUGUGCAUGUGGGGAACUGCUGCUGCAUCCGUCUUACGGGAAAGCUGGGGUGCUGCCAUGGCAGUCGGUAGUCAAACGAAGAGAUACUGAACAGGCUGCGGCACCGGGACCAAGCUGAGAGUGGGAUGGAACCCACAGAUUGCAACCCUCAGUACCUCAAAGUUGGCAUUGAAGGAAAAGAAAUAGUUCUGCCACUAGUAGUUAAUGGCAGUGCAGAUAUAAUUUACUGGAAGAAAAACGAAGACAUAGUGGCUGAAUGGAGUAAAGGAGAUAGUGCUUUUUUGAAGGACAGUGUAAAGAAUGAGCUUACUUCUCAUACUUUGAUUAUCAGAAACCUGUUACAGAAUGAUUCUGGAAUAUACAAAGCAGAAGCCCAAGUUAAUUCUGAAAUCCAGUACACACAUUUCUGUCUGAAAAUAUUAGAUGCACCUCUAUCACCACCUGGUCUAAACUGCACUAUUAAUAACGGAGACAUCCACAUAAACUGCGCACCAGCACCAGCACCAGCAACCCAGGGUCUACCUCUGUUCUACUUUUGGGAAUACAACAAAACGGAGCAAAUGAAUAAUGAGCAGUUUAUUGUCCCAUUUGGGAAGAACACAGACCUUUCUGAGAAUGUCACAUGCACUGUCAUCGUCGCCAAUAUAAAAGCCAGCAAUUUCAUCACUUUGAGGGAAUGUGUUGGAGAAAACCCUUAUUAUCAGACAAGAACUGGAACUAGAAAGCAUCGAAACUUCCUAAUCAUACCGAUAUUCAUCACGCUAGGAAUCAUAAUCAUGAUUGUGCUAAGGAUAAAAGCGUUUCCUAAGGAUAUUCCAGAAAAAGAAAAAGAGCCUCUUAAUGAGCCAAGACCUGUAGUAGAGAAUGAGAGACAAAAUAACAGAGAAGAUGUAUUGGAGGGUCCUGGGCCAUCUCCAGAAGAAGGAACUCUGCCUGUUAGUGGGCCAAAACUUUAGGCUCAUCAGAGAACUUGGACGAAAACAACAGAGAAGAAACCUCUAUACCUGGAAGCUGAAAGAAGCCAGCAUCAGAACAACUGGGAGAGCUCCAUUUUUAGGACUGUGAAACUUUAUAGUACAAUACACUUGUUUUGCUCCUGCCCUCUGCUUUUGGGUAUACACAAGGCAAUUGAAGCAUCAUAAAGUUGGAAUGAACCUUGGAGAACAUCUAGUCCAUCCUCAAUGAAGACUCAGCAUCCUUGACAAAUGGCCAUCCAGCUUCUGCUUAAAGACUUCCAGGAAAGGAAAACCCACCACCUCCCAAGGCAGUCUGAUCCACUGUUCAUAGAAUCAUAGAAUCAUAGAAUAGCAGAGUUGGAAGGGGCCUACAACGCCAUCGAGUCCAACCCCCUGCUCAAUGUUUAAACGUUUCUCCUAAUGCUUAGCCAAAAUCUGCUUCCCUGCAAUUUCCAUCCAUUGGGUCUAAUCCUGUCCUGUGAAACAACAACAGAGAACAAGUCUGCUCCAUCUUCUGUUAACUUUUCAAAUAUUUUAAGACUGCUAUCAUGUCUCUCCCCUUAACUUUCUCUUCUCCAGGUUAUGACUCUAGACAUACUCCAGUUUUUCAAUAUCCUUCUCAAAAUGUGGCAUCCAGAACUAGACACAAUAUUCCAGCUGUGGCAUGACCAGCACAGAAUAAAGUGGAACUGUUGCUUCCUGUGAACUGUGUUUCUGUUAGUCUUCAUCCUAAGAUCAGCCUUUUUAGCAGUCAUAUUGCACUAUUCUGCUUGUGAUCCACUAUUUAGGUCUUUUUCACAUGUACAGCUGCCAAACUAGGUUCUUCCCAUCCUACACUGGUGUCAUAAGAACAUCAGGAGUGCCAAGGGUCCAUCUAGUCCAGCACUCUGUUCACACAUUGACCAAUCAACCAUCGGUCAGGGAUGGACAAGCAGGACAUGGUGCAACAGCACCCUCCCACCCAUGUUCCCCAGCAACUGGUGCACACUUUGAUGCUUGUAUCUUAUUUCUGUUGAAUUUCACUUGGUAGUUUCAGCCCAGUGUUCCAGCCUUAUCAAGGUCUCUUUGACCCUCAUUUCUGUCUUCUGUGGUGUUGGCUUUGUGUCAUCUGUAAAAUUUGAUAAGCAAACACUAUCAUUUAUAAAAAAGUCGAAUAGCACAGGGCCUAAGGAAAAGUGCUGCAGGAGGAUGCCGAACACUUGUUGCAUGCAGUUGCUCAACCAGCUAUUGAUUCACCUAACAAUAGUAGCAUGUAGCUCACAUUUUACUAUCUUGUCAACAAGAAUAUCCUGGGAAAACAGGGCUAUCGGUAUUUGCAUGGCUUGUGUUUGCCUAUUAUUAAUGGGUGGACCAGUAGUGUGCACUUUCACCUCAAAAAUGUGCUAAUUUUUUACAUUGAAGUUUUGUAGUUAAAACUUUUUCUCAAAGGACAUAUAAUGGUUUGUUUUUAUUUAUUUUUUAAUCUCUGAGGCAAAAUGAAGCUGCCAGAUAUUGGUGAGCAGGAAGAGAACAAAUUGGCACUGUUGAGAUUAUUAUAGGAAACUGUUCAGUUAUAUCACUAUAAGUUCUCAUUUUCAGCCUGGAAGCUUCAACUUUCAGAUAAGGGGGGAAAAACAGCUACUGGCAGUGGUACCAUGUUCCCAAAGAUCAGAGUAUUGCCAAGAAUUAUGCCAGAGAUUAAAUCAUAUGUUUGAAUUGAAGCAGAUCCCUUUUUGUCAGGGAUUUAAAGUAUCUGCAUGCCCUUAAACAUACUUUGGCUGCAAUCCCUUACUGCUCGAAAGCCCCUGAACUCGGAGAACCCCUAGAACAACACUCUAGAAAAAGAAGGAAAAUUCAAUGAUGUUUUUUAAUUAUAACCCAAGUCUUUGGGUUACCCAAUAUUAUUGUAUGUAAUAUUCAAAUGUUUUAUUACUUAAUCAGCUUUUUUAAGCUGUAUUUUUGAAGUAAUUGUAUAGAGAAUACUUUACUAUGAAACAGUUUUUGGAUUCUAAUUUUUCAAUAUAUUAGUAUUUUGAUAUAUCCCUGAUUAGGCCUCUCUACUAUGUGCCUGGAAAAGAAGCGUUUUUAUCAUGACUGUAAAAAGUGCCCAGAUCGGCUUGUUUUGCAAGAAACGCAAUCCAUGUCCAUCCUUAUCCGAAUAUACCAAUAGCAUCAUUUACAUUGAAAGGAUUGCUCACAAGUCCACCACAUAUGGUAAAAUGUUCCUUCUUGCUCUUCACAUUUCCAACACAUUUUUAUACAUUUUAGACAGUUUGGAAGGGGACAUAUACCAUCUAUACAUCAUCUUAUAAAAGUUUUCUUUAAGACCAGAACUUAAGGUAAUUUUUUUUGAUAAUUAAUACUUUUAUUUAUUUUCUACAAAAAAAAGACACACAGGGAAAGGUAAAAACAAUACAAACUAUACAAACUACAUCACAACGCAUACAGCUACUAAAAUAACCACAGAUACAUAAGCCUAUAUUCCAUUUAGAGUGAUCUUCAUGUCAGAUGACAAAUCUCAAUCAUUUCUAGUUAGCCAUAUCGGAAUUACUUAGUAGCAAGCAACUGCAUAUAAUAAAGACAAAAACACAGUCUAUAUAAAAAAUCCACAUACAAAGAAAUAAGCUUUUUGCAAUUCUUGUAGGUACUCAAUAAGAGGUUUCCAGUCCAUUACAUAAGAAGCUAUUGUUCUUUCUUUUACUAACGCCGUUAAUUUCUCCAUCUCUGCCAGUUCUAGCACUUUGAGUUGCCAUUCUUCCGUUGUUGGUACUUGUAUUUAUUUCCAAUAUUUCGCAUAUAGUAGUCUUCCGCUAUUGUCAUAUAUUGAAAUAUCAGUCCUUUUUCUUUUACUUGUUCAUCCAUUAGUCCAAGCAAAAACAUUUCUGGUUUCAUUUCUAUGUUUAUCUUUUUUUAAAAAAAAUCAUUAUUGCAUGUAUUUUAACCCAGUAGGCUUUUGCUUUUUUACAAGACCACCACAUGUGGCAGAAGGUUCCUUCUUGGUCUUCACAUUUCCAACAGGUAAAUUUUAAGAUCAAUUUUAAACCUCUUGACCACAUAUCUUCCCAUCUGGCCAUUGGUAUAUUAUAACCAAAGUUUUGGCCCCAUUUUAUCAUACAAUUCUUUACUUGUUCUUCCUCCAUUUCGAACUUCAACAAAAAUGUAUACAUUUUUUGCAAUAACAUGGUCAUCAUUUGUACAUAAUGCCCUUUCAAAUUCAUAUUUUGUUUGUUCAAAACUAGUUUUUUUUAAUCUAAUUUAAACCUUUCUAACAUUUGUAAAUAUGAAAAACAUUGACAUGUAAAACCUUAAUUUAACAACCUUUCUCUUGGUUUUAGUUUGUGUUCGCCUUCUACUAAUUCUAAUAUAUCAUGGUAUGUUAACAAAUUAUGCAUACUUGACAUCUCACUUCUUUGAUGUGCUUCCUGCGCUGAUAACCAUAACAGUAUUUUCUGAUGAAACCUAAGCUUGUAUUAAUUCCAUGUCCUCAAAAUAGCCCGUUGUACAUAAUGGUUAUUAAAUUCUACAUUAAACUUAGUUUUGUCAUACCACAA